ACAAAACCCAAUUGAUAUCCACAACCCAAAUUUAUCAUUUCUCUGCAAUCAAAGUGGUUAGAUAAGUGUUAUCAGAUAAUAAAAAACCUAAUUUUUUUGAAAAUUUCUCGUCAGUAACUCCGUAACGCGUGUCAGAUGUCCACAAAUUAAAGAAAAAACCAAAGUUUUUGUGAAAUGUCAUCAUCGUCUCCCGCAUCUCCGAGUGAAGCUGUUUCUGUCGAGAUGCCCUCCGCCCGUCAAACGACUCAACCAUCCAUGGAAAUAGACUUUCAUCGUGACAGAUUCCCAUUUUCGCUGGUUUGGACUCCCAUUCCCGUGCUAACGUGGUUUUUUCCAUUCAUCGGGCACUUGGGAAUUGCCAUGAGUAAUGGGAUAAUCCGUGAUUUUGCGGGCCCGUAUUAUGUUUCGUCGGAUGACAUGGCGUUCGGGAGACCAACUCGUUACUUGCAACUAACGCCGGAGAAGGUUCGGGGCGGCGUCACUGAAUGGGAUGAAGCUGUAGCGAAGGCUUCCGUGACUUAUGGCACUCGGAUGCACAAUUUAUUUUGCGAUAAUUGUCACAGUCAUGUCGGAUUGGCACUUGCUUUGAUGAAAUACAACGACAGUACGCGAUAUAAUAUGGUCUAUCUCGCGGCUUGGGUGUUUUUCAGAGCGAAAUAUGUGAAUUUUUGGGGAUUUGUGAAGACUUGGCUGCCAUUUUGCAUCGUCGCGACAGUUUGUACCUUCGUCGGAUAUUAUUUGGGGACCAAAUAGUGAACGAGUCUCGUAUCCUGUAGAUGAAAAUUUUCUGUGUUUUUUGUCAGUAACACGUAAAUUAUCAUAUUUUAACGUAAUAUCAUUAGAAAUGUAUUUAUUUGUGUCUUUUUUAAAUAAAAUUUAAG